AUGACGGCUGGCCAGCUGAUCGAGUUCGUGUGGGGACUGGCUGACAGCCAGAAGCCUUUCUUGUGGAUCAUAAGGCUGGACCUCGUGGCAAGUGAGUCGGUUGUGUUGCCACCCGAGUUCAUGGAAGAAAUUGCAGGCCGAGGGAUGCUGGCAAGCUGGUGCCGGCAGGAGGAGGUCUUGAAGCAAUGGAUGAUCGGGGGUUUCUUGACGCAUAGCAGAUGGAACUUGACACUCGAGAGCCUUUGCAGCAGCAUGCUAGUGAUAUGUUGGCAUUUCUUUGCAGAGCAACAGACUAACUGCCGGUAUAGCUGCAUGGAAUGGGGGAUCGUGAUGGAGAUCGACUAUCGCGACCUUCCCGAGGGGGCUAGCGGGCGGGGGACAGUGGAGGAGCGGUGGUGGUUGCGAGAAGUCGAGAGCAGGAGAGCCCGGCGUCGGCGGAACGACGUGCUGAUCUCGAAACAGAUCGCGGGCAGGCGGGGUGGCACCAAAGUGUUCACGGACGAGCGUCGCGGGCGUGAAACAGAAGCGGAGCCGGCCGUCAUAGCUAGGCGGAGCGAGAUCGGAGCCAACAGGAGGAAGGUAGAGGCAGAAUGGCGGAGGGAAGAAGGUGUCAACAUCGACAAUGACGUGAAGAGGGACGAAGUGGAAGGAUUGGUGAGGGAGUUGAUGGAGGGAGAGAAGGGGACGGAGAUGAGGAAGAAGGCCAUGGAGUGGAAGGCGAAGGCGGAGGAAGCAAUUAUGCCCGGUGGGACUUCAUACAAUAACGUGGACAACCUCAUCUCCGAAUUACUCUUGUCCAUUGAUUAA